CCGGCGGCAGGACAAUUUUUGAAUAAUAUGCUAUUAUAUAUACUUAGUUAUUUCAUAGGAUAAUAUACUUAAGUACUCAAUUUAUCGUUAUUUAGUACUUACAAUCGUGACUUUAUCGUUUAUUAUGAAAUAACACAUAAACAUUUGCUUAUAGUUAGUAUAAUAAUUCAAUAUUUAAUACUAUUAACAAUAUUAUGAACAGAUUAUAACAACUUAAAACAGUGUAGUACGAUUUGUUAUAAUUAUUCUCUGAGAUUGAGAUUAAUUCGCUGUACCUAUAUUUUUGUCAUUGGUCUAUUGUAGUUCUUAUUGUUUCAAUUAACUAAUUGUUACUAAAAAACUGAUCACCAUUAAGUAUUCUUUUAGUCUUACAAUAUUGCAAAACUUGAUAUUAAAUACACUUUUACCUUUAUGCUUAAAUCGUAAAUAGGCUGUAUUUUAUAUUCUCCAUGUCCGGCCAAAUCAAACCAAUAAAUAAAUUGGACGUUCAUAAAAUAUGUUCUGGUCAGGUUGUAUUAAACUUGGCUACAGCAGUAAAGGAGUUAAUAGAAAAUAGCUUAGAUGCUGGAGCCACUUCAGUUGGAAUUAAACUAAAAGAAUUCGGUAAAGAUUUGGUAGAAGUUACAGAUAACGGAUCUGGGGUUCAUCCUGACAAUUUUGAAGGACUGGCUUUAAAACACCAUACAUCCAAAAUUAAAGACUUUGCUGACCUGACUUCAGUAGAAACAUUUGGUUUCCGUGGAGAAGCAUUGAGCUCAUUAUGUGCUUUAAGUGAUGUAAUAGUGACCACUAGACAUUCAUCACAAGAAUGUGGCAUUAAGUUAGUGUUUGAUCAUACAGGAAACAUUAAGCUGAAAGUCCCUAUUGCUAAGCAAGUUGGAACAUCAGUUACAUUGUCUAAUUUAUUUUCUUCAUUACCCGUAAGACAUAAAGAGUUUCAUAGAAAUUUAAAAAAAGAAUUUGGAAAAAUGAUCCAAGUGGUGACUGGUUACUGUUUAGUUUCUACUCAAGUGAAGUUAUCGUGUGUUAAUCAAACAAAAUCUUUAAACAAUGUUCUUCUAUCAACACAUGGUAGCAACACAGUAUUAGAAAACAUAUCAUGCAUUUAUGGUUCUAAACAGGCUAACAGUUUGUUAGUUUUAAAAAAAGUCAUUCCUGAAGAUGAAGAAGAUGAUAUAUCAAAUAUUUUUGAACUAGAUGGUUAUAUAUCUAGUUGUGAUCAUAGUGGAGGAAGAAGUUCUAAGGACAGACAAUUUUAUUUCAUAAAUUCUAGACCCUGCGAGCCUUUAAAAGUUAUAAAAACAGUGAAUGAAGUUUACCAUCAAUAUAAUCAAAAUCAAUAUCCAUUUGUCUACUUAAAUAUAACUAUUGCAAAAGCUGAAGUAGACAUUAAUGUGACACCUGAUAAAAGACAAAUAUUUUUGUCUAAUGAAAAUAUCUUAGUUUCAAUAAUUAAAGCCAGUUUAAAUAGAUUGUUUGAAAAUAUUCCAUCUACUUAUAAGAUUAAUACAUUGUUGUAUGAAUCAAUAUCAGCUAAAAGGCCAUAUGAAUCAACUACAGAAAGUAAAAAUUGUAAAAUUCUGAAGUUGGAUAAAAAUAAUGAAUAUGAAAGUAAAGAAACACCUAAUCAUUCGGAACAAAUUAAAGCUAAACUCAUUAGAUGGAAAUCUGAUAAUUCUAAAGUAGCAACGGCUGUUUCAAGUACAAUAGAUAGAUUUCUCACACAAAAAAUUGAGCCUAUUGAUAAUGUUCAAGAAAAUCAUACUGAGGAAUUAAUAGAAAAUGAAAUAUCUACCAGUCUAUUUUUAAGUACUGACACUUGUGACGCUAUUGCAAUCAAUGAUAAAGAGAAAAAAACAGAUGAAUUUCUACAAGAAAGCAUUGAAAAUUAUAAAACUAAAUCCACUUAUAUUAAUAAUUCAAAAAGCAAGAAUAUUGAAUUAACUGAAUAUUCUGUUGAUGAUUCUAAUAGUGAAAAUAUGGAUGACAAUAAAUUUUCUUUAAAAAUUGUUACUGAAAAAUCUGAUUCUAUUGUAGACAUUAAAUGUGAUUCAAUACAUAAGAAUGAAGUUAAAAAUGUAUAUGUUAAAGAUAUCAAUACUAAUACUAAUUGUGAUUCAUCAAAAAUAAACCCAAGUGCUAGUAUAGAAAUAGACACUUCUAUAGCACCCAAAGGAAGAAAAUUUGCAGUAGUUGAAACUAACCUUGAACAAAUUCGACAAAGGUUGAGCAAUUUAAAAUUUCAAAAAUCUGAAAAACAGAAAAUAAAAACACGGUUCUAUGCAACUAUUGAUCCAAAUAAAAAUCAACAAGCUGAGAUUGAAUUAAGUAGAGAGAUUUCUAAAGAUAUGUUUUCUAGAAUGAGUAUAAUUGGCCAAUUUAAUUUGGGUUUUAUCAUUACCAAACUCGAUGCUGAUUUAUUUAUAGUUGAUCAACAUGCUACUGAUGAAAAAUAUAACUUUGAAACAUUACAAAAUACAACUAAAAUUACAAGCCAAAAAUUAGUGGUACCUCAGCAGCUAGAGUUAACCGCUGUCAAUGAAAUUGUAUUAAUGGAAAAUAUUAAUGUUUUUCAAAUGAAUGGAUUUGAUUUUCAGUUCCAACAAGAUGCGGAACCAACAAAAAAAGUUAAAUUAACUAUGAUUCCUAUGAGUAAAAACUGGAGCUUUGGUAAAGAGGAUGUAGAUGAACUUUUGUUUAUGUUACAAGAUGCGCCUAAUACUCUUUGUAGGCCUUCUAGAGUUCGCUCAAUGUUUGCUUCUCGCGCUUGUCGUAAGUCUGUUAUGAUUGGUAAAGUAUUAAACUUGGGUGAUAUGAGAAAACUUAUUGACCACAUGGGAGAUAUUGAACAACCUUGGAAUUGCCCUCAUGGAAGACCAACAAUGAGACAUUUAGUAAACCUUUCAUUACUAAAUGUUAAUGCAAAAUGAACCCAAUAUGUUCUUAUGCAAAUUAUUUAUUUACAAGUACAUAAAAAAUACAAUGACAACAGGAUCAUAAAAAUGUAUAAAGCAAACAACAUUGACAACAAAU